AUGACCAUGAGCAAUGCAGACAAUGAGUUCUGUUACAACAAUAUAAAUGGGUCAUGUCCAAAACUUGUACGAUCCAUCAGUACUCAGCUAAUCUUAUAUUUUUUCUGUGGAGUUGCAAUUGUGAUGACUGUAAUGGGGAAUCUAUUGGUAAUUAUUUCAGUGUCCCAUUUCAAGGUGUUGCAUUCACCAACUAACUUCUUAUCCCUCUCAUUGGCUUUAAUUGAUUGUCUUUUAGGGCUGGUUGUACUACCAUUCAGCUCUGUUAGAUCUGUUGAAACUUGCUGGUACUUUGGAGACACUUUCUGUGUAUUGCACUCUGGAUUUGACACAUUUUUGUGUCUGGCUUCAGUAUUUCACUUGUGCUGUAUUUCAAUUGAUCGAUAUUAUGCAAUUUGUGAUCCUUUACUUUAUUCGACUAAAAUUACUGUUUUUGUUGCUUUUGUUUUUAUAACUGUGAGUUGGACAGUUGCAAUUGUUUAUUCAUUUGCAAUGCUUUAUUCAAAACAGUUUGAGAAGAAGCUAGAAAUGCUACUACCAACUGCAUCUGUAAAUUGUAUAGGAAGUUGCCAGCUUGCAUUCAUGUCAUUAUGGGGGUGGAUUAAUUUUUCUAUUUUUUUCAUUCCUUGUUUUGUUAUGUUGGGGUUGUACCUAAAAAUCUUUAGUGUAGCAAGAAGACAGGCUAAAAUUAUAGAUGGUAAACCAGAUAACAAUCAGCAUGGACAUCGUAGUCAUAAAGCUUCUAAAAGAGAAAGAAGGGCUGCAAAAACUCUAGGUAUUACUGUGGGAGUUUACUUGUUUUGUUGGUUACCAUUUAUUAUUCAAAAUAUAACUGAUGUGUUGUUUGACUUUAUUACACCAUCUGUAAUAGUGGAGUUCUUAUUCUGGAUGAACUAUAUUAAUUCUGCCUUUAACCCUUUAAUUUAUGGAUUUUUUUAUCCUUGGUUCAGGAAAGCACUUAAGUUUAUUGUCAGUGGCAAGAUAUUCCAUCAAGGAUCAGCGGGAGUAAAUCUCUUUCAAGAAUGA